ACAGCACCCAUAGGCACCACCGUACCUCCAACCAUUUUUAACCAUGCUGUUCAUUCUCCUGCAGAUCCACACCAUAUGCACGCUUGCUGUGAUUGCAAGCAGCAGCAACUCGCCGGUUCCCUGUCUCGAGGAGCAGGCUUCAUCGCUCCUCCAGCUGAAGCUCUCCUUCAACACAACUGGCGGUGACUCCACCACCUUCCAGUCAUGGAUCGCCGGCACGGACUGCUGCAGCUGGGAAGGCGUCAGUUGCGGCGGCUCAGAUGGGCGUGUCACCAAUCUCGACUUGGGUGGCCGCGGCCUGCAAGCCGCCGCCGGCCUCGACCCAGCGCUGUUCAGCUUGACCUCGCCCAAGCUCCUCAACCUCUCCGGCAACGACUUCAACAUGUCGCAGCUCCCAGCCGUGGGCUUCGAGCAGCUCACCCAUCUCACCCACCUUGACCUCUCCGACACCAACUUCGCCGGUCCUGUCCCAUCCGGCAUCGGGGGGCGCCACCACCCAAGCCUCGUCUAUCUUGACCUCUCCACAAGCUUCUACGUGGUUGAGUUCGACACUGAGAACACAGCCAUAUACUUCGACUACGAUUCGCCAUCCAUCUGGCAGCUCUCGGUGCCAAACUUGGCAUCUUUGCUUGCGAACCUCACAAAUCUGGAGGAGCUCCGUCUGGGCUUGGUGGAUCUAUCAUCCAACGGUGCCGGAUGGUGCAACGACCUCGCCAGAUUCAACCCUAAGCUUCAGGUCAUAAGUUUGCCUUACUGCUCGCUGCCAGGUCAGAUGUGUGAGUCAUUCUCAACCCUGAGAUCACUCAGGGUGAUCGAGCUUCAUUACAAUCACAUAUCUGGCUCAGUGCCAGAGUUCUUGGCUUGGUUACCUAACCUGACAGUUCUUCAGCUUUCAGUAAAUAAGUUCCAAGGCCAGUUCCCUCCCAUCAUUUUCCAACACAAGAUGUUUCAAACAAUUGACCUCUCUGAGAAUCUUGGGGUCUCUGGUGUUCUACCAACGACUUUCUCACAGGGCAGCAGCCUGGAGAAUCUGCUUCUCAAAGGCACAAACUUCUCAGGUGCAAUACCAAGCUCCAUAAGCAGCCUCAAGUCUCUGAAGAAGUUGGGUCUUGGUGCAAGUGGAUUUUCUGGAAUACUGCCCUCCUCAAUAGGUGAGCUUAAAUCCUUGGAGUUUUUGGAGGUGUCUGGGUUACAGCUAGUAGGAUCCAUGCCAUUGUGGAUCUCAAACCUGACCUCUCUCACUGUUCUCCGGUUCGUUAACUGUGGAUUAUCUGGACCAUUACCUUCUUGGAUAGGAAAUUUAAAAGAAUUGACAAAAUUAAAACUGUACAGCUGCAACUUUUCUGGGAAGAUACCUCCACAGAUCUCAAAUUUGACCCACUUAGAAUCCCUCUUGCUCCAGUCAAACGCUUUUGUAGGUAAAGUGCAGCUAUCCUCAUUCUCAACAAUGCCAAAUCUAACCGUCCUGAAUCUUUCAAACAAUCAACUGGAGGUGGUGGAUGGAGAAAAUAGUUCGUCCCUAAAAUCGUUCCCCAAAAUUGAAUUCUUACGACUAUCAUCUUGCAGAGUGUCUAGCUUCCCCAAAAUCCUGAGACAUCUCGAUACGAUCCAAGGUCUUGACCUUUCAUAUAACCAAAUCCAGGGGGCAAUACCUGGUUGGGCAUGGGAGACUUGGAAAGGCUUGGACCUUAUACUUUUCAACUUAUCACAUAAUGAGUUUACUAGCCUUGGUUCCGACCCUUUGCUUCCUGUCCUCAUAGAAUACUUUGAUCUUAGUUUCAACAAUUUCACAGGACCAGUACCUAUUCCCCGAGAUGGAAGUGUCACGCUUGAUUACUCGAGCAACCAGUUCUCAUCCAUCCCUCUUGAUUACUCAACUUACCUUGGUAACACUCGCUUUCUAAAGGCCUCCAUAAACAACCUAUAUGGAAACAUUUCAACAUUGAUCUGUGGCACAAUUAGUAUUCUAGAGCUCAUUGAUCUCUCUUAUAAUAACUUAAAUGGUCCAAUCCCAUCUUGUUUAAUAAAGGAUGCCAGCCCACUGCAAGUAUUGAAUCUAAGGGAAAAUAAUUUUGUUGGAGAGUUUCCUGAUAACAUUAACAAAGACUGUGCACUUGAGGUGUUAAUACUCAGUGGAAAUUGGAUUGACGGGAAAAUACCAAGAUCGCUAGUUGCUUGCAGGAACCUAGAGAUUCUUGACAUCGGAAGUAAUCAGAUUAGUGAUUCCUUCCCAUGUUGGAUGAGUACACUUCCAAAUCUUCAAGUUCUUGUCCUCAAAUCCAAUAAGUUCACCGGAAACCUGCUGAAUCCACCAUACAACUCAGAAGAUGGAAACAAAUGUGAAAUUACAGAACUAUGAAUUUUUGAUAUCGCCUCAAACAACUUCAGUGGCUCAUUGCCUGAAAGAUGGUUUAAGACGCUCAAGUCUAUGACGACUAGGUCUGAUAACGGGACAUUAGUUAUGGAAAAUCAAUAUUACCAUGGGCAACCAUAUGUGUUUACAACUACAACAACAUACAAAGGGAAUUACAUAACCAUCUCUAAGAUAUUGAGGACCCUUGUGCUUAUUGAUAUCUCAGAUAAUGGAUUCUAUGGUACCAUCCCUGAGGCCAUUGGGGACCUUGUGCUGCUUCAUGGGCUCAACAUGUCUCGUAAUGCUCUUGGAGGGUCAAUUCCAGCUCAAUUUGGCAACCUGAAGAACCUUGAGUCAUUGGACCUCUCCUCAAACGAGAUUUAUGGGGAAAUUCCCCAGGAGCUAGCAUCGUUAAACUUCCUAUCAACAUUGAAUUUGUCCUACAACAUGUUGUUUGGACGAAUACCAGAGUCCUCUCAGUUCUCCACAUUUUCCAAUAGCUCUUUUCUAGGGAAUACGGGUUUGUGCGGAUAUCCAAUGCCCAAUCAAUGCAGAAAUGACACACAAACAAGCAUGACAUAUGCUAAUUCAGAGAAAAAUCCUACAGAUGUACUGCUUUUUAUCUUCACUGCUUUGGGAUUUGGUAUCUGCUUUUCAAUUACAGUCAUAGUGGAAUGUGGGAGAAAAAGUUGAUAGUGAUCUUGACUCUCCAGAGCUCUUAUAUGGAGUAUGUUAUUACGUAUUGCUACAAAAUUUUGUCUGUGAAGAUCACUCCUGUUUCCUUGCGGGAGUGAAUAAAGAGAAAGUAGGUGUCUGUGUUUAACUAUAGUUGUUACAAUUUUUGUUAGUCAGCAGUACACAGCAACUGCGACGACUGUUAUCUCAGUGAAAAGAUGACGCUAUAGUCAUCAGUUAAGUAAGAAAUAUUGAGCUCCAUAUAUAUGUAUGUGAAGGAAGAGGUCAUCACUAGAGAAUUGUGGUGGAAUUAUGCGGAACUGUUUUGUAAGUUGCGGACGACUACAUGCAUGAACCAGAUGAACCGGUCUUUCAAACUA